AUGUCGACACGCUCCCAAUCACCUCCUCUGCCUACCUUCGGCAUUCGAGACCUAGCUGGCCCUCAAAACCCUCCAGGAUUGAUCUCGAUUUCUCGAAGGCAGUAUGAUAGCACAAUUAAAUCGGAGCCUGACGCCAAAUUACUCUACCUCGACGAUGACGAUGGCGAACUGAUCACAGUCGGAAGCAGUCUUGAAUUGAGCCAACGCCUCGACGAGCCUGUGCUAAACUAUAGAAGUCAUUCUAUUAAUGGCAAACUGAUACACAUCUUUGACAUCAAGCACUCGAAUGGUAGUCUGUUCCAAUGGCGCGACCAUGAGGCUUAUUCUAGCAAGGAAUUGCGUUCAAGAUCGACGAGCGAGCUGAGCCUAUCGUCGUACCGAGAUCCUGUCAAUACCUACAAUGCACGUCUGAGAGAAGAGAUGGCAGAGCCUUCGUUUCAGGAGAUGUGUCAAGUUCAAACUGGAGCAUCUGUAACCGCAACCACAAUCGAAGAGCCUGAAGAUGAAUGGACGAUACCAGAAAAAGUUAGUGAGAACCAGAAAGGAAAACAAGAAUCUGCUACUUGCUCAGACAUGAGUACCGACCUGUCCACUUCAGAUGGAGCGGGUUUACUAGAGCCUGCACAAGAAGCCAAAGAGGUGUCUGCUGAAGGCUCAGCUGAUCGUGUGAACAUACUCGAAGGGCUCGGCGAGCACUUAAGUGGUCUUGCUCGCGUGCUGACCUUGGCAGCCGCCACGUUCCAGAAAGCAGCUGAAAAGACGCGAAACACUGAUACAAGCGUUGUUGAAGAUAUUCUUGCAGGUGUCAAGGACAUCCUGACUGAAGUCGGUUCAUUCGGUAUUGAGGCUUUCAAAGAGCUCAGUCGCGAGGUCGAUACGCCCUCAACUCAGGAGGAUAUUACACAAGCACAAGAAGAUAAGGACAUACAAGGACAAUACCUUGCCGAGGAGCUAGGUGAUGAGGCUGCUGAUGUGCACCAGGAAACACUACCUGAUCUUUCACCAUCCGAUUCUUCGGUCUCCUCAAGCACAGACACCGAAACCGAAACGACAGCUACUCGAGUCAAGUUCGCGUUUGUAGAAGACGAAGACGAGGUAAUUGAAUCUCCUGCACUCGGUUCUUCUCCGUCAAGGCCUAUUGUGGUAGAAGAGGAUAGCAUUGCAGAUAUCGACAUGUCCUACCAGAACAACAAUCCAGACAAAGUGGCAUGCAAGAAGCCGAUCAAUCCCUCCAUCUUGGAUGAUUCGAGUGAGGAUUCUGAUUUCACUGCACGGUAUCCUCCACUGAGCUCUGUCCGUAGAGCUCGUUCUGCCAUUGAAUCUGCCGUCAAGCCUCGAUCAUAUGUCCCUUUACAGGAGAGGCUAUUCUAUACGCCCAAGACCGAACCUGAUCAGUCUGCAAGAACACCAAGCAUAUACACAAAGUCGUUUGCUAUGCCACAUAUCUGCCCUCAACCACGGUCACAAUUGAAUAGCUGGGAGAAGCAAGAAGGCAAUGAGCCUGUGCUCAAGCCUCUACCAGGAGCAUGGCCGGAUGUCAAGAACGAUUCCAAAUCGAUUCUUCCAACUUCUGCAGAAUCCUCAGGUGCCUUUUUCAAUCGAAUGACUUGUCGAAAUAACCCAGUUGCGCCAUCGAAGUCUGGCUUGCACCGUGCCAAUACUACUGCUUCUUCCAAUCCUGCCUCACGUCUAAACGGACCAUUCGACCCUGGUUUCCCAUACGAGCCAUCAGACACUACCACUCAUCGGCCUUAUGUCUCUUUCCGAUCGCAACGUAGAUCUGCGAGUCCAUUUCGACACCUCAGCGACCAGGUUUCAGCACGUUUGACUCGUGCCGAAGAGAACAAACAGGAUCACAAAAUUGCACCGAAGCGCUCGAUGCCAUCCUUCGCACGAUCUGCUCGAUGUGGGCCAAUCAACCUUGAUCGCCCUGCUGCAACACCAAACAGAUCGACCGAAAGCUCGAACACUAAUGGCUUCCGGGACUUUGACACACAGAGAGGUGUGAAACAUCACCACAGCGUUCCUCACUUCAGACCAUAUGCACAUCCUCCUGGCUUGCAGGCACCUUUUAGGGCGCAACCUCAAUGGCCACAAUCAGAAUCAGCACCGUUCGCACUCCCAGCUUCACAAGUGUUACCUGCUUCGCCUGACUGGCUUACUGGUCCGGCAGCUACAAGCAUUCCAGCGCCCUCUCUGGCCGCAUAUCCUGCUGUCCUUCCUAUACCGGCAGUGCCUGUUCCUCCAUAUGCGCCUUUGCUCAAGCCAGCUGAUCAAAGACAGCAAAUCCCGCGUAGCGGGCUUGCUGCAGAUAAUUCUCCCAUAUCACCUGUCCCCUUCACAACGUAUCCAACAUGGACUUUUCCGGCUCAAGCCAGUCGUGAUUUACAGCCAGACCUGAGACCGGCAACAGCUGUGUCAAGCGCGUCAAGUGCCAACGCACCUCGUUCGUGGUCGCCUGAGCCUUUGAAUAACCUCGAACAAUUUUACGACUCCGCGCCAUCGAUCGAAUUCAGUCGUUCAAACCCUCUCUCUAAGGCUGACUCAUUCACUAAGUCGCCUUCCAGCCGAUCUCUCAAGAAAAGCAAAUUCGAUAUUUGUGUUGAGAAGCUACAGAUGUGCGGAUUUGGUAUCGACGAUGAUAACCUGAAAGAUCGACUGCAUGUGUACGCUGUGGCUGCUAACGGAGAUAUCGAGGACGCAGUGGAGAUGAUUGAGGAGGACAGAAAGGUUUCGGCUGGUAGAUUCGAUUAG